ACAACGGAGUGUAUCUUGAAAAAAAAAAAAGAAAGAAAAGAAAAAAAAAGUAAGAACACAAGUUGUACAAAUGUUCUGCUGAGGUUAAAGUUCGGCGGUAAAGUGUCGGAACCAGAGGCAGAAACGUAGCGGGACUUGUGUGGUCAGAUCAGGUUUCACGGUUCGCCUCUCCGCCCCUGGACUUGUCCGGACUGAGCUGACCAGACCGCAGUCUGCUCAGACAGAGCAACGAUGAGGAGUCCAGAGAAACGUGAGUGCUGUGUGGGCCGAAGAGCUGGCGAUGCGCGGCGCGGGAGAGCAGACGUCCAGCUGUGCUGACAGCUGGAGAGGGGCGGGGUUCACUCCGGUCCUGUGCGGGGAUUGUUUCAGAUGUUUCUGCAGCGCCCUUUGCCACGUUACGACUGCAAGACAUCUGAUCUGCAGAGAGAGCAUAAUGGUGCUUCUCUUGUGGCUCGGCCUGCAGCUGCUGGUGACCGUCCGGUCCAGCUCCGUCAAGAACUGCCACCCCAGCUGCCACUGUGACGUGGAAAGCUUCGGGCUGUUCGACAGCUUCAGUCUGACCAGGGUGGAAUGCCGAGGUCUGGGUCCCAGCGCCUCCAUGCCCAUUCCCAUCCCACUGGACACCUCCCAUCUGGACCUGUCUUCCAAUGAAAUGGGCCCGCUGAGCGACGCCAUGUUAACUGGUCCAGGCUACACCACGCUAGUUAGCUUGGACCUCAGCAGCAACCGCAUUACAAAGGUAAGUCCCAAUGCAUUAUCCAAGCUGCGUUACCUGGAGAGUCUGGAUCUGAGCCACAACAGCCUGGAGAGCCUGUCGCCCAGCUGCUUCUCAGGGCUCCCUCUGGCRGAGGUUGACCUCAGUCACAACAGCUUCCGGGAGUUUGACAUGGAAGUGUUUGCUUCCAAAGUGAACGGUGAGCCUCUCACUGUGGAUCUGUCCCACAACAAGCUGGUGUCGGUCUCCACCAACUUGCACAGCAGAGUUUUACGCAUUCAGAGUGUAAAUCUGUCAGCCAAUCAUCUGGUGAACGUACCGAAUAUAGCAGGACUUCCGCUGAGGUACCUCAAUCUGGACGCCAACCCCAUCGCCAAGAUCACGGAGGGAGCCUUCUCUCACCUGAAAGAUCUGGCUUAUUUAUCUCUUAGUGGCCUUGGCGAGCUGCAGGUUGUUGKGCCGAACAGCUUUAAAGGUCUCCAGAACCUGCAAGUUCUGGAUCUCUCCAACAACCCUGAGCUCAAGAGUCUAAGUCCUGCAGUUUUCACUGGACUAAACUCCCUGCAGGAGCUGAACCUAUCCGGCUCCGGUAUGACGUCUCUGCCGACGAACAUGCUGACCCACCUUCCCAGCAUUAAGAGUAUCAAACUUGGACAAGGCAUCCACUGCUGGAAGACCCAGAAACAGGGCCAGUUCCAUCGGCAGACGGGUCAGGCCCAACAUAACGAGGUGCUGCACUGUAACGUGGAGGGCGUCGUGUUGUGAGACUGUGCCUGAUCCUGAUUGCAGGGCUGUGGCUCUUCUGCUUUGAUAUGCAAAACAGUUAGUUUUUUUACUUGCUCUCACUCAGUUAAAUCUUCUCCAGGGUGAUACUGUGCAUUAUCUUCUAAGGUAUUAAUGUAGCAAUCAAAAACUCCUGACAAAUCAUCCUACAUUAUCCUUUUUUUUUAUAAUAUACAGGACAACUUCCCUAAUGUCAUAUUGAACCGGUCUUGUUACAACAUUUCUUGAAAUGUUGGCUCUAUGUUUUCCAACCCAUAGAAACACUUUAGGAUCUACUUGCACUUUUCACAUAUACUUUAUUUUCUUCAUUGUUGCACUUCAUCUGGUCAAAGAAAACGUUAAAGGAAGUAUUCAGAACCCACCACGCCAUAUCCGCACUGAUGGAUAGUAUCACUGCUUGACCACUAAGUUUGCAUUUGACUUUGAAUGUGAUCCCGGAUGGAAAAGGAAAAUUCUGAGAAGCAUUUUAAAUAAGAUUUAUACCACUGUUUGAAGCUACAGUCACAAGCUGUUUAGCUUAGCAUGAAGACUAGAAAAAUGUGGGAACCAUUAGUCUGGCUUUUAAUGUUAACUGUUGGUUCAAACACCGUCUAUACUACUUUGAGUAUUAAAUAAAAGGGUGGGGGUGUUGCUGCGUUUGUUUCUUCUGUGUUUACAUUUGAAUAUAUCUUCUAAAGUGGAGAUAUUUAAAAAGUAUAUUUUUAGUAAAUCUGUGAGGAACAGAGAAAUGUAAAUUGAGAGAUAUCAGUGGCAGACGGGGCGGUAGCAAAUUAUUUCCUUACAACCUGCUGGCUGUGAGACUUAAAUAAAUUUGAAGCAGAAAGAUUUGAAAGAAUCCAUAAGUUUUUCUCCUUAUGUCUAUAUACAUGCAAAAUGUGUUAACCUGUGUAAUUUACAUAGAAUCCAUACAACUUGACGUGCAUGGAUUCAGUCUAUUUGAGUACACGUUUCCAAUGAAGAAAGACAGAAUUGGAGCAGUUUUUGAAUAARUAUUGUGCUUUUUAGACCUGCACAUUCAGAACUGCAAGCCUCUGCACUACAAGUGAUCUGUGAGAGACGUCCGUCAAGCUAAAACUGUCUCUGUGUUUUGGUUUGUUGUUAACGUGGACGUUCUCUUUCACUGGCACACCACAUGGUUGUGUCAGCCACUUACGGAGAAAUGUGUGGAUGGAGAUUUGUUUUUAGAAUUGGAGAAAAAUACCUUUUUUUAAGAAAACAUCCAGUGUAGUGUAWAUGGGUCCAAAUCCAUGUUAAAAAAGUUUUCACCAGUUAUUGAGGUCAACAUUUUUAACCAAUUUAGAGACGAUAAGGCUACAUGAUUAUAGUCUUAAAUCAACAGUAUGCAGUAUUUUAGGACAUGUUAUCAGAUAUGCAUUAGAUCAGUAUAAUUUAAGUAUAACUAACUAAAGAUGGCCGCAUCUUUGUAUCUAAACAAACACAGCUAGUCUCCUUAGUCUGCCCAUGUGCUGCUACAGUAUAUUCUAAAUAACUAACAGAGGAGGGUUAACCAGUUCUUUAAGGCAGGUGAAGAUUGAAAGGUUGAGUUUUCAUCUACCAGUUUGGUCUUUAGCUUUUGUUGGAGCAAACACCCCCCACCCCACCUCCACCCCCAACAUGUUCGCCCCGUGUUUCUAAAUGAAUGUAAAGUKCUGAAUGUAAUAAAGGCUGCAGUUUGCAGCUUCACCACUAAGUUUAUUGAAAUCCUGCACARGGCUCCUUUAACGAUGAACGAAACUGAACGGCUGCUCGCUAACAACUAUUUCUCAAGGAUCUUAACCCCAAAAUUCCAAAGAUGAGAUUUCUUUUUGUUUUCGUUUUUGUUACGACCAYGUAAAGUGUUACGACUCUGGCAGAAUGACCAUUUCAUCCCUUUUACACCAGACUCAUACUUUAACGAGCAAACUGUGACCAAGCUGACCAAAAGUCUUCUUUAAUUUUCUCUCUUCUUUGUUUAUAACAUUUGGACCAAAAAAAAAGGAAAGAAUGUACCACACAUUUAGUGAAACGGAUACUGGUAUGUCUCAAAGCACAUGUGUAAACAUACAUGGCAUUAUUUUUGGUAUUUAGAGGACAAUCAGUUGUAUUCACCAGGUUUGUGACUGUAAUCUGCUUUGAGAUUUGUUGGAAAUCUAUCUUUGAGUUCAGAGGUCUAUAUUUGUAUGAAUGUAACUAACUAUACUGUAAACAACUUUAUAUAUGUGUGUGUGUGUGUGUGUGAAUCCUGUGUGUAAUAAAUGGACCUUUCUCACAUUUUUUGAGCGUUCUUCAUCGUUUCUGUGACGUUAAAACAGCAACAUGCAAAGAUAGAAAGGAGCCCGCAUGCAGGGAAACAUUGUGUGUCUGCACUUGUCUUUUUUUUCUUACUGUGGGAGUUUUGUGUCUGCGCAGGACUGAAUCAUACCAGGGUGUGGUUCUUCUCCAGAACACGAGGAAAGGCUUAGAUGUGAGCAGUUUAUCUAUUUUCUUUUCUUCUCUUUUUAAUGCAGAUCAGGAACAGAUGGUGUAUAGAACACUUUUAUGAUUUUUUUUUUGAAUAGAACUCAAGCUCAAAAACUUUUGCGGGGUGUAUUAAAAAACAAACAAAACAAAAAUAAAGGCUGUGAAGUGGGAAGAAACAUAAGGGUUUGGCUGGUUUCUGCGCUACACUGGGCUGGUAACCUGCCAAUGAGCUGGGAGGGAAGAAGAACCAGCUGAGAAAGGAGGGGGAGAAAAAAAAAAGAAGUGGAUAUCAGACACAACAGCCAAAAGACAUCUUGUGCACGCCUGGCACGGAGUACAAUUUUGGCUUUGUGGAAUAAAUAAAACCGUCUCAUUGGGCCCUGUUUUCUCUGACACAUCUGAUUUUCAGAAACACUCAACCACAGGAACUGUUGCAUCAGAGGUGUGUGUGUGUGUGUUACAGKCUGACUUACUGCAGCUCGAGAAUAAAUGAAAGUUCUUAGGUAAAUCAUUAACCAAAUUGAAAUCUUCACAGUUUUCAGGAGUAACUAAGUGUGAGUCAAACGGCUUUUCCCACUCAAUGUCUAAAGGCUGAUAAUGAAAGACUGGUAAACGAACCUCAUUGCAGAAAACACUGUGGUUUUAUGUUUUCUCCUUUUUUUUCUGUCUCUCUUGUAAAACAAUGGUGUGUUUAGACCCCAAAAUGCAUCCAUCAUAAACUCCUCCAUUGCAGUCACCAGAGUAGACUCUUCAUGUUAUGGUUGAGAAAAAUGAAACGCUACAAGGAAAACUAUUUGGAGAAUCGUGAGUUUUUGGUGCUCAUGUUGGGCCUUUUYUUCCAAAUUUGUCCCUGACCUAAGCAGACCUCUAAACUCUGAAGAAAAUAAAAGCAUUUGUCGCAUCAGCUGUUCUUUAGCGUUGGAAAAAACAUCAAAAUUUCUAUAUUAUGAAAAAUAUAUGUACAUGCAUAAGCCUUUGAUCAAAUGAGAAUUCCAUAAAGGGAACUUGUGCAAAAUCUUUUAUGUCUGUUAAAUAAAUGCUGUACCAAAAUCACUUGAUCUUCUCAAAAAUAGGUGAAAUUUUAUUGGAAACAUAAAAGGAGCUCCAUCUGACUCAGCAUUUUUUAUGCUCCUAUUUUCAUCUUAAAUGUUUUGUUAGCUUUGUUUUUAAAGACACAUGAUUAUUUGUACUUUUAGUAUGACAGAAUUCAUGAUUGCUGAUUUUGUGAUGUGAUGUGUUCCCACACAACGAAACUUAAAACCCAUUUUAUCCACCACUGUUAAAAAGGUGAAAGGGAACAUUUAUAUUUUUGUCUUGGUGUGUGUGUUUGUGUAUCUGUUACCAAAAAUAUCUUGUCAUGAACUACGGGACAGUUUUUACUUUUAAGGUUUGAUCCGAUUGGUUAGAUCAUUUCUCYUUAAAAUAUUUGUCUAAAAUGUUGCAAUAAAGGCAAAGGGAUUCUUUGA